AUGGGGAUGAGUGUACUGGUCACGCCCAUAGAUAUGAUGGGGAUGAGUGUACUGGUCACGCCCAUAGAUAUGAUGGGGAUGGGUGCACUGGUCAUGCCCAUAGAUAUGAUGGGGAUGGGUGCACUGGUCACACCCAUAGAUAUGAUGGGGAUGAGUGUACUGGUCACGCCCAUAGAUAUGAUGGGGAUGGGUGUACUGGUCACACCCAUAGAUAUGAUGGGGAUGGGUGCACUGGUAACACCCAUAGAUAUGAUGGGAAUGAGUGUACAAGUAACACCCAUAGAUAUGGUGGGGAUGAGUGUACUGGUCACGCCCAUAGAUAUGAUGGGGAUGGGUGCACUGGUAACACCCAUAGAUAUGAUGGGGAUGGGUGGACUGGUCACACCCAUAUGUGAUGGGGAUGAGUGGACUGGUCACACCCAUAGAUAUGAUGGGGAUGGGUGCACUGGUAACACCCAUAGAUAUGAUGGGGAUGGGUGCACUGGUAACACCCAUAGAUAUGAUGGGAAUGAGUGUACAAGUAACACCCAUAGAUAUGGUGGGGAUGGGUUCACUGGUCACACCCAUAGAUAUGAUGGGAAUGGGUGCACUGGUAACACCCAUAGAUAUGAUGGGAAUGGGUGCACUGGUAACACCCAUAGAUAUGAUGGGGAUGGGUGCACUGGUCACACCCAUAGAUAUGAUGGGAAUGAGUGUACAAGUAACACCCAUAGAUAUGAUGCGAAUGUGUGCACUGGUCACGCCCAUAGAUAUGAUGGGGAUGGGUGCACUGGUCACACCCAUAGAUAUGAUGGGGAUGGGUGCACUGGUCACACCCAUAGAUAUGAUGGGGAUGGGUGCACUGGUCACAUCCAUAGAUAUGAUGGGGAUGGGUGCACUGGUCACGCCCAUAGAUAUGAUGAGAAUGGGUGCACUGGUCACACCCAUAGAUAUGAUUGA